AUGAUGUGGCGUAUACGCCGGCGCUCCAGGACAAUCUGUCUGUCCUUGGCCUUCGUCACCAUUUUCAUUCACCUCCUCCUGGCUCUUGUUUCAUUUUCCAUUUACCACCAGCCUUGUGACACCCCACUGCCACCCAGGACACACAUUCCAAGAGACCUGGCACACACCAACUACACCUCUGUGGUGAUCAGAGGUCCAGCUGAGCUACCAACUGAUAAUAUACAAACAGAUUCUUCCCAUAAAGAUGGAAAGAAGAUGGUUAAGAGUCAUGUACGACCACUUUCUGACAAAGGAGGCAAAAAUGCCUCAAUUGAGUCAGACUUGCUAAAGCUGGAGGCAUUGUUUGGUCACCCACUUUACAACAUGCCCAGCCCUCCUGUCCCUGAAGAGGACUGGCUGCUGAGGGUGAAACCAAAAGUCAAGGCGAGUGAGAGGAGCUCCCAGAGGUGGGUGAGUGCGAGCCAGGACGGCUAUGAGGAUGUUCACUGGAACAGCAGCAGUAGCAGCCACCCUCCGUGGCUGCGCUUUCACCUGGGCAUCUCCCGCUGGCAGCUCUACCCCCAUCAUGACCCCAACAUGGAGCCCCUGAUGCAGCAGCUCGCCACCCAUCGCAUCGUCAGCACAGUGCAGAAAUCUGGGGGUACUCAGUUGAAGCUGGUGAUGUCAUUUCCCAGCUAUGGACAAGCCAUGUUCAAGCCCAUGAAGCAGGAGAGAGAUGAAGAAACCAACUACAACCUGUACUAUUUCUCUGACUUUGAGCGGCACAAUGCAGAAAUUGCAGCUUUUCAUCUGGAUAGGAUUUUGGGUUACAGGAGAAUCCCCCCUGUGGCUGGGAGGCUGGUGGAUGUGGUCAAGGAGAUCAAAGACGUCACUACUGACCGCAAGCUGGCACGAACCUUUUUUGCCUCCCCUGUGGGAAAUGAGUGCUUCUACGGCCAGUGCUCCUACUACUGCUCAACAGAGCACGCUGUGUGUGGCCGCCCCAGGGACCUGGAGGGCUCCUUGGCUGUCAUGCUACCAGAUCUCUCCCUGGCAAGGCGCAAGACCUGGAGAUCUCCGUGGAGACGUUCCUACAGCCGAAGCAAGCUGGCAAAGUGGGAGACAGAACCCGAGUACUGCUCCAUGGUGAAAAAGACACCGCCAUACGACAAGGGCACACGACUGGUGGACUUCAUAGACAUGGUCAUACUGGACUUCUUGAUGAGUAACAUGGACAGGCACCACUAUGAAACAUUUGAGAAAUUUGUCAAUAAUACUUUUCUGCUACACCUUGACAAUGGGAGGGCAUUUGGGCGUCACUCCAAAGAUGAGCCUUCGAUCUUAACUCCCUUAAAACAGUGCUGCAGAAUCCGUCGCUCCACUUGGCUACGCCUGCGUCUCCUGACUUUGCCUCAGUAUCGAUUAAGCGAUGUUAUGAGAGCGUCACUUUCUCGUGAUCCCCUUCACAAGGUGGCCCCACUUCUGGCAGAGCCCCACCUUACGGCUUUAGAUCGACGUUUGAAAACUGUCCUAGGAACUGUAAGUCGCUGUCAAAAAGAGCAGAAAAGAAAUGACAACGGUGAAGACGUCUUCUAUGAGGACACGGCCUCUCUGAAAGACGUGGCCGCUCCCUCUGGUUAG